AAUGGCGGGGAUGGGACCGAUGCAGGUGUGCAAGGCCACCAUGCUAUCCUCCGAAGGUCGCAGAGCUACAUCCCUACUUCAGGCUGCCGAGCCCCAGCGGGGCCACCGCUCCUUAAAAGCGGCUAUUGUGUGAAACAGGGAAAUGUGAGAAAGAACUGGAAACGUCGUUUCUUUACUCUUGAUGAUUUCUCCCUCUCCUACUUCAAGUGUGAACAGGACAGAGAGCCUCUUCGAACCAUCCUUCUGAAAGAUGUACUCAAGACUCAUGAGUGUCUGGUCAAAUCUGGAGAGCUCUUAAUGAGAGACAACCUGUUUGAAAUAAUAACAAGCUCUCGGACCUUCUAUAUUCAGCUCUGUAUGUGGACGUUACAUCUAAAUGGAAGGGCAGAAGCCCAGAGUGCCCUGUUUCAGGGCCAGGUGCACAGCCCAGCUGCACAGAGAAAGCCAUUGUCUGGGCACUUGCUGUUCAGCCAGGGGUUCCCCGUCUCCACCCACAGCAUUGGCUCCUUCCCAUCUCCUGCUACAGUCACAGGAGCUGCAAAUUCCUGCCUGGCACUGGCCUUUGGAAAAACAGCCUUCUAUCCAGGGCCUGUGCUUUCAGGC